ACCUAGUCAUUUAUAUAUAUAGACAUAUAUCCCAUCUUAGCAAGUACAGCUCAAGAUAAUUCCACGGAAGAUGGUCUCAUUCAUCAGCACGACCCUCCUCCUCCUCCCGAUUCUCCUUGUCCUAGUGGCAAAACUCAGAUGCAAACAAACGCAUCGAAAUAUCCCUCCCGGGAGCUCGGGAUGGCCGAUCCUUGGUGAGUCGAUCGAGUUCCUCCGUACCAACUCGGAGGGUGCCCCCGAGAAGUUCAUUCGUGACCGAGUCGAGAAGUAUGGUUCGCAUGUCUUCAGGACCUACCUGCUGGGGGAGCCGAUGGCAGUGCUAUGCGGACCAGCAGGAAACAAGCUCCUGUUCUCGAAUGAGAGCAAGAAGGUGGCGCUGUGGUGGCCAGCCUCAGUUCAGCGGCUGAUCGGGCCGUCACUGAUCAGCAAGUCCGGGGAGGAAGGGAGGGUCCACAAGAAGAUGCUGAUGAGCUUCUUCAACAUGGAGGAGCUGGUGAAGUGUAUUCCCACCAUGGACGACGUGACUCGCCUCCACCUCGCCACUCAGUGGCAAGGUAAUGAGGAACUGAAGGUCUACCCGACCAUAAAACAUUACACAUUCGAGCUAGCGUGUCGACUCUUCAUGAGCAUCACUGAACCCAACCUCAUUUCAAGGCUCUCCUCCCACUUCAAAUUAUUCCUCAAAGGAGUGAUUGCGAUCCAUCUCAACCUUCCGGGAACCCGCUUCUACCAUGCCGUGAGAGCUGCUGAUGCAAUCAGGAGGGAGCUCCGGGAGGUCAUGAGGCAGCGAAGGGUGGACUUGGAGAAGGAGGAGGCUUCUCCUACCCAAGAUAUCCUGUCGUAUCUGCUCGCUAAUGCAGAUGAAAACGGGAAGUUCAUGCCCGAGGUAGAGAUCAUAAACAACAUGCUGAAUCUGCUCUUUGCGGGCCAUGACACUAGUAGCUCGACCAUAACCUUGGUCAUUAAGUAUCUUGCCGAGCAGCCUCGGGUCCAUGAAAAAGUCCUCGCAGAACAAAGGGAGAUUUCAGCAUCAAAGUCGCCUGGAGAGUUCCUUAAUCGGGAAGAUUUGAGAAGAAUGAAAUAUUCAUGGAAUGUUGUGUCUGAAGUCAUGAGGAUGACUCCUCCGAUCACCGGUUCGUUCAGAGAGGCCUUGGUCGAUAUCGAGUUUGAAGGCUAUACCAUCCCCAAAGGCUGGAAGCUGCUGUGGAGUUCUGCCUUCACGCACAAAGAUCCGAAUUUCCACCCGAAACCAAUGGAAUUUGAUGAAUCGAGGUUCGAGGGAUCCGGGCCUCCCCCCUACUCUUAUGUACCUUUCGGAGGAGGACCAAGAAUGUGCCUGGGAAAAGUGUUUGCCCGUCUCGGGAUCCUUGUCUUCCUGCACAAUCUCAUCCAUCGGUUCGACUGGGACCUGUCGAUUCCGAAUGAAAAGAUAGUGUUUGAUCCGAUGCCCACUCCGGAAAAUGGACUCCCUGUCCGUCUCCGGCCCCGAAAUUUUUCCGGUUAAUCCCAUGCAAAGAUCAAUUUGGUUUCCAAGAGUGACUUAAAUGGUUUUAUCUUAAGUAUGCAUGCUUCUAGAUGAGCCACAUGAAGGGAUUCCCAUUCCAUCUACUGAAAUUUGAUUAGUUAAUGUACUAUAUUGCGUAGAAUUAACUAGUAAAAAAUGUUCUAAUAAUUAAAAAAGGAGUGCAAUGACAUAUAUGCCCUUUCUUAGAAUUAAAUUUUGGUGUGUUUGGUUUUAGAGUUAAGUAGAGUUGAGUUUUGAUUUUAAUAUUGUGCUUGGUUUUAGAGUUGAGUUGAGUUGAGUUUUGAUUUUAAUUAGGUUGUAAUAAGUGUGUUAUUGAAUUAUGAGAAAAAAUGUGAAAAAGUAAUGAAUAGUUGAGAUAAUUUAGUAUUAAAAAUUGAAUUGAGUAUAAUAGAGUUGUAUGUGGAUUUAUGUAUGGAGCCCACCUUUUUUACUUUGAA